AACACUUCAUGUUAUGGUAGAGAUGUUCUGAUGCUCAGGUUUGGGAUGCUCUGUUACCACCAUAAGGACCAGUGUUCUUACUGAGAGAACUUCAUUUAACGAGAAUAAAUGUUUACUUCUAGCUGAACUUGUCCGGAAUGAGACAUUUCAGUAGCUGGGUGUUGGUGCUAUGGAUCAUGUUCCUGUUUUUGCUCUGUUCAUCCUGGUCCUACCAUCUUCAGUGUUGGGCAGUCACCUGCCCCAACCUGUAAACCUCACCAUGGACUCCCGUUACUUUGUUCACUUGCUCAGUUGGCAGGCCGGACCGGAAUCUCCUGAAGGACUGCGUUACACUGUCAAAGUUUGCAGCUUAUGUGAAAGCUGGAAGACGGUGGAACAUUGUGCGAAGGUGAAAUUCCCAUUGCGCUGUAACCUUACGGAAGUUUUCUCCGAUCCACGUGAGACCUACUAUAUCAACAUUACAGCCAUCUUGGGAAACGAGACAUCCACCCCCACAUCCUAUGAUCCAUUUAACCCAGUUAAAGGCACUGUCCUGGCAUCCCCGUUGCUGAACGUUUCACCAUGUAAUGAGUCCUUGUGUGUGUAUCUUCAGUCUCCGUCUCAGAGGCUGGACAGUCUUUACAUGGAGUUCCGCUACAGCCUUAAUGUGACCAGCGAAAGAGGAGAUAGCUUUCCGGUAAACACCAGAGGGCUCGAAACUGUGGUUCUAAAGGACUUGGCACCUGGUCUGAGGUACUGCGUCUCUGUUGGUAUUAAAGAUCAUCCUGCAGAUAAUUCGGCGUCUACAUGUGCGUCUACAACUGGGGCUGAGCAAAACUUCGAUUUAGUCAUCUUUGUGAGUUUGUGUCUGCUGGUGCUGAUGCUGCUGAUGUGUGCUCCUGGGCUGAUUACUUCUGGGACUGUUUGUUUGAAAACUCAACUACCAUCAGUUUUGAGUUCCUUUAAAAGCCCAUAUAAAGUGCAGGUGCUUGUUUUGCCCACUGUUGAAUUCAUAACCUGUGUUUCACUGGAGACCAACCCAGCCAGUAUAACAGCUGAAGAAGAAAAGGAUGAAGAGACUGACCAAGAAAAAGAAGAUGAACUGGUGGCCUAUGAGAAACGACAUGGUUGUGAACAAGUUGCGUGUCAUGAGGAACAUUCAGAAGCUGUGUUAGCUCAAGUUACUCCGGAGAUUCAGCACAAGGAUAAUAGCAAGCCGUUGACUGAAUUCAGCACACCAGAGUCCCAAAUCUUCCAGAAAGAGCCAGUGUUAGCUCAGCAUGACUGGCAGCUGAAACCUCCAAAAUCUACAAACUCGAUCAUCUCAUCACUCCCGAUACCACUAGAAACUAAAAACCAUCAGAACAAUCUGGACAUCCUGAAAGUUACAAGAGGAGAAAAUGAAAGACAGAAAGAACAGGAUGAGAGUGAAGUGAACGUGAAUUUAUUUUCUUUGACACUGAGAGGCCAAAGAGAGGAACAGCAAGAGGAGGUCGAGGAAGAAAAGAAUUUAAUUCAUGUGCAGAAAAUCGAACCCUUGGUGCCUUUGUUUAGUUUGAAGCUGGGGAAAACCACUACUGAUGAGCAGCCCACAGUCUCUCAGACCUCCAACAGACACUUUUUAAGCUCUGAGGAGGAUGAAGAUGAGGAGGAAGAGGAAGAUUAUUCAGGCUAUAUGAAGCGGAAUUAAAAGUUGGGUCUGGACCAAAAAAUAUC